GGGAAGUAAAAACUGAUGGAAGUCGGUGCCAGUCAGGGGAGAGAACUACGUGAAAUGAUUAGACUCUUUCCGAACGCGUUGUUCUUCCUCUCCCUCUCUUGUUCUUUCACUCUCUCUCUUUGUUUUGUGGUUUAUUUGGUCACACUGUAGUUCAAAGAGAAACCAACACUAGUAAAAAUAUCAAAAGCGUGAUCAUUAGAAGGGCUAUAACAGUUACCUCUUUUUUGCGUUCACGUCUUUAAUUUGAAAAAAUAGUAUUGGUCUAUAAAUGAUUAUUCUUUGGAUUAUGGAUUAGUUACACAGGUGUGUUUGGAAUAGUACAAUGGAUACAUUCGCAAAUCAAAUCUGUACCGUGCCGUGGUGUGGAUUUUUAGGUGUUAAUUCAUAUAAUGUGAAUUAAAAACUUUGAAAAUUUGGUUUUGUUAAGUUUGAAUAAAACAAAGAAAGAUUCGAAUUGCUUGUUGCAAACGAAACGUCCGGUUCCCAUAGCAAGUACUGCGUCAUGAGCCUGGUUCCGGUGUGCUCCUAAAGGGAUGCUGCACAUCUUGAAGUUAGCAUGUACUGACCACAGCCGCUACGCCUGCAUCGCCUACUCCGCCUGGAUUACCUCACCGCUAUUAGGAUGCCCCUGUCCUUGGAUUAUCUUCUCCUGUGACAUCGACUUCUCCUCACUUCUCCCAUGGGAGGGCCCGAAAACGCCGCUGACGGAUGUAGCUGGGUGCGUUUCCUCCCAUGAAGUUUCCAGAGGUGUGAACUGUUUCUUCGAUUCUCGGAUUCUUUUCCUCGGCUGUCGACAAACAACUGAAGCGCAGGGGCGGAGAGCCCUGGGAAUAAGUGCCAUUAUGUUUCGUUCAAAGCGGAAGGAUAGUGCUAUUAGGACUUUGGUGGCGGAAACUCUGGUGCUGGCCAAGACUCACGGGUACGUGGAGAAGAUCGAACACGAGCUGGAGGAGGAACUUCAGAGGGAGAACACAGAGCCCCCCAACAAGAUUUUAGCCAAAUGGCGGCGGAAUGGUGAGAAGAUACUGAAGAACAAGUACACUUUGUUGACUGUUGCCUUGUUCUGCGUGACUGAAUGUGCUUUGAUACUCGGGGAACUUAUACUGGACUUGCGAAAAGUGAAAGAUGUUCUCACGGCCAAAGACAUCUCCGGCCAAAAUUUUCUCAGUAUGUUGAGGGCGAGGUACCCUGGCGUCCUUGCCAGCGAGGUAGAUAUUGACAUCGUGUACGACGCCAUAGCCAGGUCUUGUAUUCUCUGGACGAGCAGCCUGAACGACAGCCAGAGCGAGGCAGGGACCAGCAGGUACGACGUCAUCGCCCAGAACAACGAAUCUCAGAAGAGGACGUGUCCGGAACACAUGGAUUGGAUAUACGGAUGCGGGGGCAACCGAAGCAGCAUGGGGGACAAUUCGACGCUGCUGAAAGGGAGAGUCGUUAAGUCAAGCUCUUUGGAUAGUGUGGAGACGCACAUUGCUAAAGCAUUUCACAUGGCGAGCAUCGCAAUACUCUCUAUAUUAGUCAUUCAGACUCUGUUGAAAGCGUUAUGUGCAGGUACAGACUUCUUUCAUCGCAAGCUAGAAACGUUUGACUUAUGCGUGGUCCUCAUUUCUUUUGUUGUUGACUUGGUCUGUAAUUUCACCAUGCCUUACUACAAGAUCGAAGACUUUGCAUUCAUUCUGGCGUUCUUACUUCCCUGGCGAGUCAUUCGUGUCGUCAAUAGUCUUGUUGUGGCUGUCCAGGACCACGAGCACUUCCGGUUGAAGCUCAUCUACGACAGAAAGAAGAAAAUUGUGAACAGUCUCCGGGAGUCCGAAAUAAAAUUACAACUGUUCCGAGCGCAGUGCAAUGCCCUGAAGAGACUCUGCUUUAAUGAGGGUAUUGGAGAGUCCAAGAUUGACCAGAUACUUAUGGUGGAAGAAUGUAUAGUCAACAAAGCUGGCAAGAGUAAGUGCAAAAUCAAAAUCGACAACUCAAGUGUGAUUUUAUUAAAUGACAAAAGUGAUUUCCCACGGUUGUCUCCCCGCCCAUCUUUACUGAACCUCGCCGUUGACAAAUUGGGCAGAAGAAAAUCCAUGCUCCCUCAGUGCCUCACGGGCGGCGGCGACAAGGAAAUUUACCCUAACAACUCCAAAGACUCCCUGACGAAAGGCGCCACGAAGCAAAGGGCGAGAUCCAAUUCGGAGAGCGGCAGAGGCACCCUGAGUUCCCCAGACGAGAGCUCCGCAAACAAGAAUCUGCUGGGAGAGGAGAAAUAUUACGGCGGGCUAAACACGCCGAUCAUUGUGAACAGGAAGAGCAGCCUGAGCUCCCCCAUCAUGGCCACACACGUGAGGAACAUUCUGAACUCCCUGGAGGACAAGUGCAAUCAAAUGAACGGCACUUGUAAUCGCCCUGGCGGCGGGAGAGGAAGCGUUGACUCUGAGAGCAUCGCUGAGGAAAAGGAGCCGAUAACCUCCUGGGGCAGGAAGGUUCAGUCCAUAGAUGAGUCGUCGAACGAGGGCAUAAGCUUCAGCUGUAGCCGGAGAGCAUCUCUGCAGCCGCAGCAAUGCGUCGACGAGGUCGACGACGACGAUGACAUCAUUUUACCCGCCAUCGGCUCCGGCACGUCAGGGGCCACCAAAAAGUCCUCCCGCAACAGCUUGUCUAAAACAAUAGUCAUAACCGCCCCUGACUCCUGUACACAGCAGGCUCACAGGUUUUCUAUUCCAACAACGAUUCAGAUAGAUCCUCCGUCUAAUUCAAACUCCAAUUACAGCCUCUCAUCUGGCUCAUCCAGCAAUAACAGCAACUCUGGAAGUAACAGGAACUCUUAUGCCGAGAAAGCUGCUGCCCCUUGCAACUUAAACAUCUCUUCUUCAACAGAGACUUCCAACCUAAAAGCCCCGCCGCAGGAUGAUUCGUUACUGACUCAAUUGACGAGCAUUGUAUCAUGCACCAGCGACGGCCCGAUCGUCCUGGAUCAAAACCCCACUUGUGCUUCGUGCGCGUCCCAGCCCAAUUCCAAGCCAGCCAACUCGGCCUCGUUCGAGCGCAAAGGAAGUGGCUCUUCCCAGAGUUCAACACACUCCGCAACCUCCACCAAUGUAAAUAAUCUCAAACCCAAAACUCUCAGAACUCCCUCGGAUAUUGAGAACGAGAACAAUCUGACCCAGACAGAAUCCUCGGACGUCUGCGUAUCCAACGAGGACUGCACGAGGAACACUUCCAUUGAAGAGAUCGAGGACGAGUUCGACAACAGCGACUCUCUGGUGUCCAUUUCGGAGAAGGACGCCGCGGUUCUGUCCGGGAGCUCCCUGGUGUCCCAACACAACGACAACAACGGCCUUGACUCGUCGGACACCUUACAAUCGUCGUCACCUCUGUCACCUGACAGUGGCAAGUCGAACAUUGAUGAUGUCACUCGCAGGUCAGGUGGCAUGGCAUCUUUCAUUGUUAGCGCUGUCGACCAGGAUCUGAGCUCCGACUCUACUUCCAAUCUACUAAGCUAAAAAAACAAACUAGAUAGGCCGUAUGUUUUAAAUAUAUAACAAUGCCUGUUUAUAUAUAUUUAUAGAUAUCUUAUAGAAUCAUUUUAUUUCCCGACUACAUAACUUACUUAGCAAGGCAUUGGUCACCAUACUGUAUAACUCAAUGUCUAAUACUACACCUCAUCCGAUCCAUGAUUUUAUUUUAAAUAGAAGAGAAAACAUUUUUAAAAAAUCAUUUUAAUAACUUUAACUGAUGGUAGUUUGUAAGGUUGCCAGGUCAUGUUGCUACGCGACUCAGAAGGUCGUCACAAAGGUCUCGAGUUACCAUCUCCUGCCCUUUCUGGGGCAAGGACGUAAUGAUUUUUAAAUCUAAAGGAGCGUCCUAAAACAUGUAACACAUGAAACAUAGAAUGUUUAGAUUUAAAUGUAACUAGCCAUGGCUUCUCAUUACUUGCUUUUCGAUUUAAUAUGCAUAUAAGAUUGUAAAUAUAGAAUCUCAAGCUUCUAUCUUCUUUUAUCUAUAUUGAAACUUUGUUAAAAACUUUAGUAGAUAGUUCAAAUCUUUUUCGAGACCAAAUUGACAGUCCACGUUUGCUCUUUAAUUGAGUGAUUAUUAACAUGCAUUUAGUCAGAAUGGUACCUUUGAAAGCCAAAACAACUUUCAAUUCUUAAUCUUCACCUAUCUCUUAGUCUGUUAAAGUACUACACAUUAUCUGUAGAGCACUACACAUUAUCUGUGGAACACUACACAUUAUCUGUAGAGCACCACACAUAAUCUGUGGAACACUACACAUUAUCUGUAGAGCACCACACAUAAUCUGUGGAACACUACACAUUAUCUGUAGAGCACCACACAUAAUCUGUGGAACACUACACAUUAUCUGUAGAGCACCACACAUAAUCUGUGGAACACUACACAUUAUCUGUAGAGCACCACACAUAAUCUGUGGAACACUACACAUUAUCUGUAGAGCACCACACAUAAUCUGUGGAACACUACACAUUAUCUGUAGAGCACCACACAUAAUCUGUGGAACACUACACAUUAUCUGUAGAGCACCACACAUAAUCUGUGGAACACUACACAUUAUCUGUAGAGCACCACACAUAAUCUGUGGAACACUACACAUUAUCUGUAGAGCACCACACAUAAUCUGUGGAACACUACACAUUAUCUGUAGAGCACCACACAUAAUCUGUGGAACACUA